AUGCCACAGCUGUGCAGGGUUACCAACAGGGAACCAGAGAAAAAGUACUGGAUAGUCAUUCAUGAGAUGUCAAUGGACAAUCUGUUAAAGAGUAGUGUUUUGUCGUUCAUGAAUGUUUCGUUCAAAAGAACGGAACUGCCAACGUGAAUGGAAUCACUUCAAGACCUGAUUUGUUCCUUUCUCAGUUCAGUUGAGCUCAGCCAUGAGUGUGGCGUGCCGUUUAUCAGACGGGUACACAAGGUUGCAGAGUAUGUAAAUGCAAUUACAGAUUAAGAUUUAACUGUUGUACUAUGGCUGUAGCCAGGUCUUAUUUUGAAAGUUUAAAAACAAAACUUGAAAAUAUAUCCCUCAAAUAUUAUACAACAUUAAUUUAAAAUAUUGUACUAGUUUUUCAUUCACCCUCACAGUAACCAAACAAUGGCCUUAAAGGUGGGUUAGGCAGGAUUCUGUUAAAGAAGCAUCUUUUUUUGUGGUGUAUAUACAAAAAAGCUUUUCAUAUCAGUCAAUAGCUAUUAGCUAUUGAUGACAUUUGGUAAUAUAACAAUAUUGCUGUGUUCUGUUAUGUCUGUAUAGACAAUAUUUUGAAUAUUUUGAGCGGCCCGCUCUUUCUGACUGUAAACAAAGCCAUUCUUCGCCUCCCCCAACCUGAUUGGUUGUGAGGCAGACGUCACUCCCCUGUUUUGUUCAGGAGCCCAAACAAAGUUAGCGUGCUACAAUAUCAGACAGUAGAAACCAACCAGAAAGUACGGAAAUUUGUCUGAAUCCUCCUUCGGCCACGACUGCCAACACAAGCAAGAAAACCAAGUAUAUACCCGAGACUCUGGCGUAAUAACGGGCGCUUAAAAAGGUGGUAGACCUGACAAGAGCUAAAAAGCCAUGUCAACAUCAAUGAAGCUAACACAAACGAUGAUGGAGGCUUUGUGAUCUAACAGACUCUGUAACCUUUCUGCUGGACAGGUAAACCACGUUAACAAAGUAAGCCAAGUGUCUGUAACAGAAGUGUUUCUUGUUAAACGGACCUGCUGCGUGUUGUAGCGCCACUAAACUGUUGACCUCAGGUCCUGGACUAUGUCACUUUAUCCUAGUUGUAGAAGUCCUGAAAAACAUUGUGUUUGCUGGUAGUUUGUUGUCAUCUACAGUAGCACCAAUGCUUUUUACUUUUACGUUGACUGGGCCCCAUUUGUAAUUAUCUGAAGUAUUUAUCUGCAUUAUAUCUGAAUUUAACUGAAAUUCUUUUUGUGGGCAGGUCUUGCUGGAGCAGAGAGGGAAGAGAGAGCAGAAGCUGAGGGGAAUACUGGUUGGGAGGGGUAGAGUUUACAUUCAAGAUUUCUCCCAAAAACGGCACUUCCUCAGAUCCUGCCUACCCCACCUUUAAAUAAUUGUGUUGAAAACCUGUGUUUUCUGUAAAUAGGAGGUUGCCCUCCCAAGCCCCAAGCCUCUCUCCUUCAUCUUUCUGGGUUAAUUUUCACAAGGCAAUAUACUCCUGGCAAAAUUGGAAAAAAAAAAUAUAUUUUGACACGUAUGUUGAGGUGUGGUCAUUUGGGAAAUGAUUCAGGAUUGUAAAGACAACAGAUGUUAGAUUAGAUUAGUUUAGAUUAGAUCAGAUAGAACUUUAUUAAUCCUUUUGGAAAGGUUCCCUCUGGGAAAUGAAAAUGUUGCAGUGCAGCAGUGUGGAAUAAAAAUAUUGAACUGCGUAGUUUCUUUUCAAAUUCUAUUAAUUUAUUUCACCAUGUCUGUGUGCUUUGGCCAAUAGACAUUAUCAACGACAUAUUAAUAAAUGCUCCUGUCAGGUUUACCUUAUUGGGUGUGGCUUUGUGUGACUUGUUGCAAAGUUUAGAUAAAAUAUGUUGGUGUGUAUAAACAGUAAGGUAAGUCAAUACCAAAUAGGGAGGUACCAUGUUCAACAGUUAUUUUAAUUGUGUAUUAUUAGGCUUAGGCUUAUCAGUUCUCUUUUUUCUCACACCACACAAAAUGACUACAAGAAGUUUUCAACUGAGACCUGAGACAUGGAUAAUUUUCUUCUUUUUAUCUUCAGUCCUGCUAAAUCUACUGUUCCUGCUAUCAGUCAACGUAGGGUAUGACGACAUCUACAAAUCUUCACUUCCAACAGCAGACAAUCUGACUUUUCACCGGUAUAACAUCAACUGUUUGGCCAUCUAUGACUUGGACCCAGUGGAGGUGAAGAAAGCGCUGAUCAUCAAGGAGAGCCAACUUGUUGAAGACACAGAUGAAAGUCUGUCUGUAGCCACAUCAAACCGUCCACUCUUCAUCAAGGCAAGAGGUUAUGAUGAUGUGUGUGUGUCUGAGGAGGAGAAAGACUUUCCUAUUGCUUAUUCUUUGGUUGUUCAUAAAUACGCAUGGAUGGUAGAAAGACUAAUCAAGGCAAUCUACUCUCCUGCAAACAUCUACUGUAUCCACUAUGAUGAAAAGUCUCCUGCUUCGUUUAAAUCAGCCAUCAAGAGCUUAGCCAGCUGUUUGCCAAAUGUCUUCAUUGCCUCCAAAAUAGAGUAUGUCUAUUAUGCCAGCUUCAGCCGAGUACAAGCUGAUCUUAACUGCUUUUCAGAUCUUCUGAGGUCAGAAGUCAAGUGGAAGUACAUCAUCAACCUCUGUGGCCAGGAUUUCCCCCUCAGAACAAACAUAGAGCUGGUGUCAGAGCUGAAGGAGUUGAAUGGAGCAAACAUGCUUGAGACAACUCGACCCCCAGCUCACAAAAAGCUGAGGUAUACGCACCACUAUAAGCUUAUGGAAAACAGCGAUCUCAACAUAACAGACCAGUUGAAAUCACCACCUCCACAUGGCAUUGAAAUAUUUUUUGGCAGUGCCUACUUUGUCUUGUCACGAGACUUCAUUGUUUACAUAAACUCCUCAGCUGUGGUAAAGGACUUCCUGAAGUGGUCAGAAGACACCUUCUCCCCAGAUGAACACAUCUGGGCUACACUUGUACGAAUGCCAGGUGUACCUGGGGAGGUGCCCAGAUCCCAUCCUGAUAUCACUGACCUGAUGAGUAAAACCCGGCUGGUAAAGUGGUUAGGUCAUGAACCGCACCUGUAUCCUCCAUGCUCUGGGAUUCACAUCCAUGAAGUCUGUAUUUAUAGUCUAGGGGAAUUGCGCUGGUUGCUGAACUAUGGUCACUGGUUUGCCAAUAAGUUUGACCCCAACAUGGACCCAAUUCCACUUCAGUGCUUGGAGGAGAAGCUGAAGGAAAGAAGAAAGCUUUUUGGCUGUUAG